CGCCAUCUUGCGAGGAGCGCCCCGCUCAUUGUCCGCCGCUCGGGCUCGGCGGGGCCGGCCGCGCUCGGGCUGCCCAAGGCGUUGAACGGGGCCUCGGGGCCGGCUCGGAUUGAAGAGCCGGGGCUGGGCGGGGGCGGCAGCGGCGCCAUGGAGGAUGAAAUGCCCAAGACCCUGUACGUGGGGAACCUGUCCAGAGAUGUGACCGAAGCUCUCAUCCUGCAGCUCUUCAGCCAGAUUGGACCCUGCAAAAACUGCAAAAUGAUCAUGGAUACAGCUGGCAACGAUCCCUACUGCUUCGUGGAGUUCUACGAGCACCGGCACGCGGCGGCCGCGCUGGCUGCCAUGAACGGCCGGAAGAUAAUGGGUAAGGAGGUCAAAGUCAACUGGGCGACCACCCCCAGCAGCCAGAAGAAAGACACCAGCAACCAUUUCCAUGUCUUUGUUGGAGACCUCAGCCCAGAGAUCACCACCGAAGACAUCAAAGCAGCCUUCGCGCCCUUCGGCAGGAUAUCAGACGCCCGGGUGGUGAAGGACAUGGCCACAGGGAAGUCCAAGGGCUAUGGCUUUGUCUCCUUCUUCAAUAAGUGGGAUGCAGAGAAUGCCAUCCAGCAGAUGGGUGGCCAGUGGCUUGGGGGAAGGCAAAUCAGAACCAACUGGGCCACCAGGAAACCUCCAGCUCCAAAGAGCACAUUUGAAACCAACACCAAACAGCUCUCCUACGAGGAGGUGGUCAACCAGUCCAGCCCCAGCAACUGCACGGUGUACUGCGGGGGAGUGACGUCAGGGCUCACAGAGCAGCUCAUGCGCCAGACCUUCUCCCCCUUUGGGCAGAUCAUGGAGAUCAGAGUCUUCCCGGACAAAGGCUACUCCUUCGUCAGGUUUAACUCCCACGAGAGCGCCGCUCACGCCAUCGUCUCCGUCAACGGGACCACUAUAGAAGGUCACAUUGUGAAGUGCUACUGGGGCAAGGAGACACCAGACAUGAUCAGUCCUGUCCAGCAGAGCCAGAUCAGCUACCCUCCGGCCUAUGGGCAGUGGGGGCAGUGGUAUGGCAGUGCCCAGCUCGGCCAGUAUGUGCCCAACGGCUGGCAGGUGCCUGCCUACGGCGUGUAUGGGCAGGCCUGGAACCAGCAGGGCUUCAACCAAACACAGUCCUCGGCGGCGUGGAUGGGCACCGGCUACGGAGUGCAGCCCCCGCAGGGCCAGAACGGGAGCGUGGCCGGGUACCGGGUGGCGGGCUUCGAGACACCGUGAGGGGGAGCAAAGCCCCAGCUGGGGAUCUCCACCUUUCUAAUUUAUUGCAGAGAAACAAACAAACAAACAACA